AUGGCGGAAGUAGCGCCACAGUCCGCGAAUCAAAAAUUUCGGAGAGAGGUGAAUCUCGUGAGUGCACCGGAAGUACGUGUCGCCAUAGGUCUACCGCAGCACAUCAUGUCGGACUAUUACAAGAGAUUGGGCAGACAUUUUUGCUCAGCUUGUGGGAAGGAAUACAGAUGGAUGCAGUCGUUGAUCAGGCACGAACGCGAGGAGUGUGGAAAGGAUCCACAGCACAGUUGUCCUGUAUGCGGUGUAAAAAUUCGACACAAAUGGAUGCUUAAGAAGCAUCUGAUCAAUGUUCAUCGUUGGGCUAUCCCAAAUGGUCACGGCAAGUUGCAGAAACAAGAUUACUACAAACGAUAUCGUGGCAAGUAUACUUGUGACACAUGCGGUAAAGAAUAUAUGUGGAAACAGUCCCUAAGUAGGCACAAACGCGAGGAUUGCGUUCCAAGACUGAUUGUGAAGAAUAUAGAAAAGCUGAGAUAUGCGAAGAAGCCGGUCAUCUAUAAAUGCACAAGAUGUGGCAAAGGCUAUCAACUAGAAACGUCCUUACGAAGGCAUCAGAGACUGGAGUGCGGUGUUGAGCCUAAGCAUGAGUGCCAGAUAUGUGGUCUAUUGGCAUCUAUGCUGCUAUCUCAACAGGGCAAUAACGAGUUAUCCUGGGAUCAACAGCGUUUCGUUGAAUCUACAAAUUCAACGAUCUACAAAUCGAAGGGUAACCGAAAGAAGAACUCAAGCGAUGUCAAGUAUGAGUGCAACAGGUGUGGAAAAACGUAUAAAGCUACAACAUCCUUGAGCCGACACAAACGACUCGAGUGUGGUGUCAUGCCAUGCGAGGUGUGCCCUAUAUGUGGCCGAAUCAUCAUCAGCAAAAUAUGGAGUCUGUCUCAUAAUCUCAAGGAUACGUCGACAGAUGAGUCUUUAAAAACAGAAAAUAAGGAAGAUUCCACCAUAUUAUUGACGAACAAGGAUGAUCCGUUGAAACUGCAACUGUACAUAUGCAACUUAUGCAACAAAAAAUAUAGGUGGUCGUCCAGUUUACAUCGUCAUCAAGUGCAGUGCGACGGUGCUCUCAUGGACGACCUUAGCGGAUUGGAAUUAAAUGCCAAUGAUCUAGAUGUGAACAAUGUUCGUCGAUAUUUCGCGAGUCGCGCUGGUCAAGCAGUGCUACAACAAGAACAGCGUUUUAUGUGUGGCGAGUGCGGCAAAGGAUACAAAUGGAUGGAUAAUCUGCGACGACAUCAAAGAUUGGAGUGUGAUCACGCUGGACUGUGUGAUUGGUUAACCGAACCGUUUAUAAAAGAGGAAUUUGACAAGGACAUUUCGCAAAGUUGCUUCGAAUUUGUGACCACCGAUUAUAAUGAGCUAUCUCAGGAAACCUUAGAACACCGUACGAAGAAACAGAUGAAGACUACCACGCUCGUCUGCGAGGAAUGCGGAAAAAGUUUCUCAAGACUCGAUAGUCUCAGAAGACACGAGAAGCUAUACUGCAGAGUGAAAACCACGCGGAAAUGUUGCCGUUAUUGCGGCGAGAAAUUCGAGAAGCAACUGUACCUACACAAUCAUAUAAAGCGUAACACUUGGUUCUUCAAAGAAUCUUUAAUUCCCUUGCGAUCUCCCGUCUUACCAAAACAGCAAUCAGAAGAUGUGAAUGGACAAUGCGCUGCAGAGAAAAGCAAUGACGAGGAACCGGAAGUCUGCGAGGUACCGUUUCAUGGCCAACUGAACUACCUGCUUUGCGACUCGCCAAUUCUGAACAGCGUGGAGACCAAUAUGGUUCAGAAAAGCGCCAAGUCGUGCCAGCAGUUUCGCUGCGAUGGUUGCGGUAGAACAUAUACGAGAGUCGACAGCUUGAAGCGUCAUCAACAAAAAUGCGACGAAUUUCUAGCAUCGUUCCAGGAUCGACAAGAACAGUUAGAAAGACUUCAGCAGCAAGAAUAUUACUGUAACCAGUGCGGCAAAACGUACAGAAGACUGGAUACAUUGCGCCGACAUCAGCGAUUAGUGUGCGGUGAUAAAGAGAAAGCAGACCAGCCGCAGAAAUACGAUGCCCUAUGGAUGCUAGAAAGAAAGGCUCUUAGCAUCGGCCAGGAAAGCAAGGAAUCUGUUCCGUUUUCGAACAAGUCAUAUUCGCCAUCGAAGGCGCACGAUACUUCAGUAUCCAGCGACUAUUCCAUCGCACAAGUAUACGGCGAUUCUUACAUCCCGAUGAUGCAGGCCCACUACAUUUGCAGUGAUUGCGGCAAGAAAUACAAAUGGCUAGAUAGUCUGAAGAGGCAUCAAAGAGUGGACUGCGGCAAUAAGGAGAAAAAGUUCUCCUGUCAUGUGUGCGAGCGAAAGUUUAAAUAUCGAUACGAAUUACGUAACCACAUCACCGCACAUCACGACGGGUGA